AUGAUCCGAGUCGGCCACUUGAUUAUCGAUGCGAACAUUGGAGACGGAUUAAAAGACGUCCUCUACCGUUUGGCUGCGCCUACUCCGGAACGCCCUAGGGAUAUGCGCUACGAACUUCGACUAGUUGUACCAGAAGUCCUGCGACCCGUCAUCCUACACCACGCUCACGAAGAUUUCCAGAGUGGCCACCAAUGCAUCACCAGGACGUACGAGCGCCUGCGUUCAGAGUUCUUCUGGAUCGGAAUGUUCCAGGACGUCGAAAUAUUUGAAUGCACGGAUUGCGCGUCCGCUAAAGGGCGACCUCCGCAUCCAGGACCCUCUCCCGGAAACAUUGAACCGACUGGUCCAUUCGAAGUGGUGUCUAUGGAUUUCAUCACACAUCUCCCGAAGUCGGAACGCGGGAAUACGUUUUUACUCUUAUUUCAGGACAUGUUCACAGGCUAUGUAAUGUGUAAACCCAUGAGUAGCACUACUGGCCAAGACUGUGCUGAAGCAUAUGAGGAGGUCGUGUUCAGGAAUUAUGGCGCAAGUUCUGAAAUUCGACAUAACCGAGAUCCCCGUUUCAUGAGUCGGGUGUUCCGUCGUUUCAAUGAGACGAUGGGUAUUCAACAGAAAGCAACGCUCGCAUAUCGCCCUCAAGCCAAUGGCCAGCAGGUACGGUCGGGUCAGACAAUUAUACACAGUAUUAGAGCGUAUGUCGAAGAACCUGAUCAAACAGGCUGGGACGACCACGCCGAGAAACUCAUGCAUGCUAUGCAUACCUCCUUCGACGCGACUAGAUUGGAUACACCGUUCUACCUGCUACAUGGGUUUGAUUGUCGGAGUACUAUAGCCGCUAUGUUCGGCCCCAAACCGACGGAUGUCACGGAACGUACCGCGUACGAAUGGCGUCGGAAACUGCAACGAGAUUACAGUUAUACCCACGCGUGCGCGGAAGAGCUCCAGAAGAAGGCUAAGCGUAUCCGAUCUGCGGUCCAGACUCAGAAGUGGAAGAUACUGUCGGAACACCCUAAGUCUGGGUUCGAAGUAGGUGAUUCGGUCUGGUUAUACAUCCCGAAGGUUUUGCCAGGUCUGAGUCGUAAGUCGGCCCACUUGUGGCACGGACCAUUCAGGAUUGAACAGGGCACAGGCUAUCGUGUAGAACCCUGGGUCCACAUUAGUCGCCUGAAACCACGCGCCUUGUUUCCGAAACGGCCAUCUUUAAGGAUUGAGGUUUCAGAGGAAGAUGAUUUUGAUGCGGCCUUAUUGCCGGAAGAUAGUUGGGGACCAGACUCGGUGUAUCAGGAGUACGAAGUGGAAGUAAUUGUGGAUUUAAGAUGGACCAAGCGUACCCGAAAUGCGAAACGUAUCCGCGCGUAUCUCAUUAAGUGGAAGGGAUAUGACGAACUUCAGUGA